GAGAGUGAAAAAAUUAGGGCAAAUUUUCCAUCAGCAGAAAUGGCGGACGAAGGAGAAGACGCUACAGGAGCGCAAGAAGAAGAAGAAAUAGGAGAAGGUGAGGACGGAAAAGAAGCCAACGGAGCGCAAGAGGAAGAAGAAAAGGAAGGAAGAGAGGAAGAAGAAGGAGCUCAAGGAAAGCAGGAAGAAGAAGGAAGAGGCGGAGGAAGGCAGGAGGACGAAGAAGAAGAGGAGGAGGAAGAAGCGGGAGAUAUGAUCGACAUCUUCCCUCGCGCGCGCGUGAGGAAGAUCAUGCGGAUCGAUCCCGACAUCAAUAAGAUGACAUCCGAGGCCCUGACGCUCGUCUCCCGCUCGACUGUGCUCUUCCUGCGCCACCUCGCCGAGUCCUCCGCCGCCGUGACCCUUCGCCGGAAGAAGAGGAUCGUGAGGCUCGAACACCUCAGGGAUGCCGUCCGGAAUCACGGACCCACGAGCGACUUCCUCCUUGAUUGCCUCCCCCCGCCGGCCGUCGAGACGGCGACGGAUAGGCUGAAGGAACGCCCCCGUGCGGUUGAGAAGCCGGCUCCCCCCGGCAAUCGGCGGAUCGACGACUUCUUCCGGCGCGGUUAGGGUUUCCCGGUGGGCUCCUGUCUUUGUUCCGGAACUGCCGUCUUUGUUCCGGAACUGCCCUCCUUUUGCUGGUCUCUUGGUGGCUUUAGAUCGCCAAUCCGCCUGCCCUUUUAUAACAUUGUGAAGGCUACUCUAGUCAUUUGGUUUUAGGGGAUGUAUCUAAACACCUGAAAGAACCGACCUCCUCCUUUUAUACAACUAACAAAUAUGAUUCUUUUACGGUUUCGAAUA